AUGGCCGUCGAGGAAGACCCCACCACUGCUGGCUCCCGCGCCACUAUGCCUGGGAGUGGAACCGGCGCACCGCGAUGGUGGCGCAGAGCGGCGGGGGGCAUGUGGACGUGCCGGCACGUGGCAGACGAGGAGGAGGAGGAGCAAGAGGAGGCGGAGGAGAUGCGGUCGCAUUUCGGCGUGGUGCGUUCCGUUCCACCGACAUCCUCCCCUUCCACUUCUCCCCAACCCCAACAAGGCUUUUCGCCGACGCGUCGGCCGCGGGAGAUGGACUCCGCGGAGGACGCCGCGGCGAAGUUCUCCUCCCUCUACGCCGAGCUCGCCGCCAAGGCCUCUCGCGUCGCCGAGCUGGAGGCUAGGGUCUGGGCCCUCGAAACCGAGAACGCGGGCUUGAGGGAGGCCCUGGUGGUGGCGAGGCGAGAAGCAACGGGCAGUACAGGCGGGGAGGAUGACCCAGUUCUACGCGGAAUCAAGCACGAGGCGGUCGAGAAGCGUGGCGGGGGCGUGGCCCGCGACGCAAUUGAGGUCAGCGACGACGAGGAGGGCGCUGCUGCUGUCGGUGCCAACAAAGGGGGAAGCCCGGAGGUGGGCGUGGGUGCCGUCCCGGCUCCUCGGAAGCGGGCGGUGUCCGGAGAGAGCGUGGGCGAAGCCGAUGCGGAGGACGCGGAGGGAGGCGGAAGAGGCAACCGGGAGAGCAGCGCGGGUCUGGAGGAUGACGAUGUUUCGGUCACGCCUUGGGGGAAGAAGCGUGGCCGUGGGGCGGCGGCGGCGCGGGUGGUCACCAGUGAUAGCGAGGAUGAUGGUGGUGAUGAGGAUGAGCUUGGGAGUGGCAAGGAUGACGUCAAUGAUCAGGAGGGUCUCAUGAGCAGUAGGAAGCGCGCCUUUCGUCGAGUCAGUGACAGUGAGGAUGAGGAUGGCGAUGAGGACGUACCUCCGCAUCAGACUGGGAGUGGGGAGGAGGAUGUGCAUGAUAUGGUUCCCAUCUAUGAAUUGCUCAAGAGGGUGCCUAGUGAGGACGGUGAUGAAUCGGAUGAGGACAAAGGGGAUUCUGCUCCCGCGAUGAGGCGUUCUUCUCGGUUGUUUAAGAGGGUUCCUAGUGAGGAUGAUGAUGAAUCAGAUGAGGCCAAAGGGCAUUCCGCUCCCGCAACGAGGCGUUCUGCUCGGUUGGUUAAGAAACAGUCAAAAUCCGACCGCGUGUUUCGUGGAAUUAGUGACAGUGAGGAUGAGGAUGGCAAUGAGGGCAUAGCUGCGCCUCAGACUGAGAGCGGGGACGAGGAGGAUGAUAUGGUUCCCAUCGAUAAAUCACUCAAGAGGAUGCCAAAAGAGAGGGCGAGUGAGGAAAGCGAUGAAUCUGAUGUGGCCAAAGGGCAUUCUGCUCCUGCAUCUAGGCGUUCUGCUCGGUUGGUAAAGAAUCAGUCAAAAGGGCGAAGAGUUGCAUGUCCGGGGCUCCACUUUGUUGAACCACCCAAGGAUGUUGAAGGGAGUGAAGAUGAUAUGGAAGAAGACGAUGAUAUGAAUGAGUUCAUAAAUGAUGGUUCUUCUGAUAAUGCUAGUGAUUCUGCUGAGGAAUCCUGUGACGAAUCAGAUGUACCAUCUGUUCUGAAUGAAAAAUCCUCUCCAGGACUAGAAGUGUCUGAUUGUGAGGUGGACUAUAAAGAUGUUAUGGCUUACAUUGGCCAUAAAAAGAAAGCUAAAGAGUGGGAUUAUGAGGCAGAUAUGCUAGCAGCAUUUGGUGAACAUCCUGAGCUUUGCUUGAAGGCUGUUUGUGCCAUCUACCGGAAGCAAACUGAGGAUGAACAGGUGGAAAAGGCCUCUUUAGUUCAUAAUAAGCAGGGAUUUAGCAACAAAGAUGCCCCAAGGGGAUCUCGCAUAGCAGAAUUUCUUCUGGAUGGUGAUCGGGUUGGUCCACUGAAGAAGACCGUCUCAGAUUUGGACGAGUAUGAUCGUUAUGCUUUUGAGUUCUGUCGCAAGGUGGCUUCACACUACUCAAAACAACUUUUUGCAAUUUACCAGAACAAGGAGGACCCUUACUUUCAUCCAUAG